AUGGCGCAUCCGAGGAAGGCAAAGCUCGGGCUAAGUUUUCUUAAAGGGCAAGAUCUUGCUGGGGUUCUUCCACCAUCUAUUGCAAAGUUACCUUACCUUACACAAAUCGAUUUCUCAAGGAACUUCAUCAGUGGUAAUAUACCGAGUGAUUGGGCUGCUACAAAGUUGGAAUUCAUGUCCCUCAGUGUGAACAACUUAUCUGGACCAAUCCCUGCCUUCCUAGGAAACAUUACCACUCUAAGAAACUUGAGUCUGGACACAAACAUGUUUUCUGGAAAUGUUCCUCCAGAGAUUGGGAAGUUGGUUAACUUGCAGAUUCUCGUCAUUAGUGCAAACAAUCUCACAGGAGUCUUACCAGUGGAUCUCACAAACCUGACUAAAUUAAUAGAACUGAGGAUUAGCAGUAACAACUUCAGAGGAAGAAUUCCCGAUUUUUUCCGAAGUUGGAGUCAACUUAAUAAACUAGAGAUCCAAGCUAGUGGUCUACAAGGCCCCAUUCCGUCUAGCAUUUCUGUCUUGAGUAAUUUAACAGAACUAAGGAUCAGCGACUUAAACGGAGGGUGUUCAGAAUUUCCAAACCUGACUAAUAUGAAAAGCAUGACAAGAUUAAUGCUAAGGAGCUGUAAUUUAUCUGGACAGAUUCCUGAUUUAAAAGCAAUGACAGUAUUGAAUAGAUUAGAUCUCAGCUUCAACAGAUUGGAAGGAAGCUUUCCUGACGUUGAAGCUAUGAAUGUGCAGUACUUCACGAUAGAUGUUUCUUACAAUAAUUUUUCCAAGGACUCUGAGCCAUCUACAUGCAGCGAAAACCUGAACGUCUUCAAAAGCUCUUCUGCAGAAAACAACUCAGUAUCUGGAGUGUGCUUGGAGAAUUAUUCCUGUAAAGAAGUUCAGUACUCAUUACAUAUAAAUUGUGGUGGAGGAGCGACCAUUGGACGAGUCAAUUAUGAAGAUGAUAAAGAUCUUGGAGGUGGAGCAAAAUUUGUUCCAAGAUCCAACUGGGGAACCAGUAGCACUGGAGUAUUCUGGGAUACUAAUGUCACCGCUGGAGACUACAUAGCCAAAAAUGUAUCAACACUCGGAAUGAAAAACUCUCAGUUGUACAUGAAUGCACGCCUCAGUCCUCUUUCUCUCACGUAUUAUGCAAACUGCUUAGCACAAGGAAACUAUACUGUGAGCCUUCACUUUGCGGAGAUAAUAAUCCGAGGCAAUAAAUCUUAUCAAAGUGUUGGAAGACGGAUAUUUGAUGUCUAUAUUCAGGAGAAACUCGUAUUAAAGGAUUUUGACAUCGUAAAGGAAGCAAAAGGUGUUGAUAAAGAAGUCAUUAAAGAGACAAAGGCAGUUCAGGUUAAGAAUAAAACUCUAGAGAUUCGGUUUCAUUGGUCUGGAAAAGGGACAACAGCUUCCCCAAGGAGAGGAAUCUAUGGUCCCCUUAUAUCAGCCAUUUCUAUAGAAUCUGAGUUCAAGCAUUCCAAAAGAAAGAUAUAUGUUGUGGUUGGAGUUUCAGUUGGAGCUUCAAUUUUGUGCCUUGUCUUCUUAAUUUUGGCAUUCUUUGGUGGAGAGGUUGUCUGGUGGAUAGCCAGACAUCAAGGGAAAAAGGUGCUAGGAUACAUGGCACCGGAAUAUGCACUAUGGGGUUGCUUGACCUACAAGGCAGAUGUCUACAGUUUUGGAGUUGUUGCAUUAGAAAUUGUUUCAGGAAAGAACAACAUGAAAUAUCGACCGCAUGAGAACAUUCAAUGUCUUAUGGAUUGGGCCCAUGUUUUGCAUAAAAAAGGGAACUUACUGGAGUUGGUGGAUCAGAGGUUGGGAUCCGAUUUCAAAAAGAAAGAGGCGCUUAGAACUAUCAAAGUAGCUCUGCUGUGCGCCAAUCCAACAGCUGCACUCAGGCCUAUCAUGUCUGCAGUAGUGAGUAUGCUUGAAGGGCGAACCCCAGUGGAUGAAGUGGCUUUGGAUCCAAGUAUCCAUGGUGAUGAAAUGACGAGGUUAAGAGCCUUCGAAAACCUGUCUGAGCAGAAUGCACAAGGGAUUAGCUCAACAAGUGAAAGUCACAGCCUCGUGCUUUCAUCAGAUGCACCAUGGACUGCUUCUUCUGAUACUACGUCUUCAGAUCUCUAUAAAGUUUAUUCAAGUUAA